AUAUUAUUCGAUAGUGACGGCGUUCCAACCUCGGAGUCCUGUCGACUCUCGACAUUCAUUGUUGCUGUAAGAACUCAUUUGUGCCAAACUGUGCGAGUGACAAGAAGUAAGUGGGUUAGGCUCCCGGGCAUGGACGGCAGCAAGAGAAAUGUGGGAAGGAAGAAAGUGGAGAGAGCAAGUAUGUGUUCCUUCCUAUCCCCGCGCAUCGGGGAUGUCGAACCUUCCUUCCCUCAGUGGUGUACCCGGUCUGUAUCGCGCCUUCCAAGAAGAAUUGGGGGCUCUCUUAUCUCUCCAAUGCUCGGUCCGUCAUGGGCCGUGGAUGAAGGCCCAAAGCCAUCUUUCCCACCAUCAUGACAUGCCUUUCUCCAUACAUCGUCCGUCGAGGUGUAAACGAGGACCCUGCUCUGGGCAGAUUCGAUCAGUCUUACUUCAGUGGUACAUCACUGGCAAUAUUCGGACAUUGUCUUCGAUACGCCCUCUCGCCGAUAACCUCCCCAUCCUCGGAGCAAGAUCCCAAUCUGGAGAUGACUCGACCCCCGUGGAUCUUCGGGAUGGACGGUGUAGCGAGGCAGACUUGCAUGAAAGAAUAUCAGAUUCUUUAACCGAAGGGGGAUAUCGAACCGACAAAUUUUACCAGAGUACCUACCUUUGCACUGACGAAGGCCACAGCUAAGAAACAAGUCGAUACAGGCCUGCUCCGUCUAACGCCAUUAACGAUUUCAUCACGAAACAAUUGAUCAAGAUCACUUCUCCCCAUUUCGACUCGAUAAUCAAACAAGGCCGCCGCCGCUCUUGCCCAGUUGAAGUCACCCGACUCCCAACACAAUGCCGGUGGCCUUUCUCUGAACCAAGAAU